GGUGGGCCUCGGCCUCGGCCCCCGGAUGCGUCGUUUGUCGCCGGGCGAUCACCUUUAACCUCACCCAUCAAUACACCUCCCAUUAUCCGCUUCAUCGAGUAGCCGGUGGAAUCGCAUCAGCACGAGAACACACGAAAUGCCUUUCGACACUGCAUUGACCCGCGCGCUGGGCAUAAGAGUGCCGGUGGUGCAGGGUGGUAUGCAAUGGGUGGGAUAUGCCGAACUUGCGAGCGCCGUGAGCAAUGCCGGCGGGCUGGGCAUUCUCACCAGCCUGACACAACCGACUCCGGAAGACCUCCGAAAGGAGAUUCGCAAGACCCGGCAGCUGACCAAGAAGCCGUUUGGUGUGAACUUGACCGUGCUACCGACCAUCAACCCUCCUCCGUACGCCGAGUACGCGCAGGUCAUUCUGGACGAGAAAAUCAAGAUUGUCGAGACGGCCGGCCUCGUCAAAGACUUUGUGCCCAAGUUCAAGGCCGCCGGCAUCACCGUUCUGCACAAAUGCACCACCAUCCGCCACUCUCUGUCCGCUGUAAAGAUGGGCGUCGACUUUAUCAGCAUUGAUGGGUUCGAGUGUGCUGGACAUGUGGGCGAGCACGACAUUCCCAACUUUGUCUUGCUCAAUCGCGCGAGAGAGGCUCUUGGCAACACUCCGUUCAUUGCCAGCGGUGGGAUGGCGAACGGCCACAGUCUGGCCGCUGCGAUUAGCUUGGGUGCAUGCGGAAUCAACAUGGGAACCCGAUUCAUGUGUACGGUCGAAGCACCGAUUCACAACAACAUCAAAGAAUCCAUUGUAAAGGCAUCCGAGGAUGACACAGAUUUGUUGAUGCGGAGAUGGACCAACACCGCGCGUUACUUCCGCAACAGCGUCACUCAAGCCGCAGGCAAGAUUGAAAAGGAGAGCAAGACGGGCAAGUUCGAGGAGAUUGCCGAGUACGUGAGCGGCAAGCGAGGACGACAAGUCUUCCUCAACGGCGAUCCUGACUAUGGCGUCUGGACGGCGGGCAUCUGUAUUGGCCUCAUCCACGACAUCCCGACGUGCGAUGAGCUCUUGAAGCGUAUUGAGAGGGAAGCAAAGGAGAACUUGGAGCGACAAGUGAGCAUGUGGAAGGACGACGCUCGGUUGUAGAAGUCAGUCGAUCUAUAUAUCCUAGAUGCGUUUUGAAGUACCAUCACAUUAUUGACUGUCUUGUUAACAUGCCAG